GAAAGCAGCAACGAUAAGUUGAUCCCAGUACCGGACUUCGAAGGCGUUUCAGCUCCGCAUGCUAUAUUUUAUAUCUUGUGUUCCAUAAAGCAAGCCAUUCAGCCUCCAGUAUAUACGUCGCAUAACAGUACUUCGGACUUCGACCUUCCUGCACCAGCAUUCUCUUUGGACCGAUACUCUCAUCAUUCUCAUCUCCUGCUAUGGCUCCUACACCAGUGAACAACAGCCUCACCGCUGAGCCUUCAGCGACGUCAAAAUCCGAUGGGAACUACUGGAAGCCCGGAAACAUCGCGUUCACGGUCGUUGCCAGUGUCCUCGCUCUGGGAGUCGUCAUUGGUGUGAUAGCCUUCAUGGUCUACAAGCACCGACAAAAGAAGAAGAUGGUCCAGUCGAUCCCCGCGAAAGAGAGUCUCCUGGAAGGCGACGAGCGCAAAUCGAGCAUGUUCAGCCGCGAGCGCGCCAGCAGCGUCACGGUGUACGUCGACCACACAGACCACGACACAGCAUACCAGGGCGCCAACCCUGAGCCUGCACAACUCCCGUCUCUGCAUGUCACCACCCAGUCCCCAGCUCCUGUCGCAAGCGUAGGCAGCGGUGUCAGCGCGAUGAGCAGGAACAGCAACAAUUCACUCGCCACAAUGAUGCUAAGCCCGGCCUCGGACAGCUCGCGAGUGACGAGGCCGCGGAGCACGAGUGCGUCAAGUGUCCGCUACUACGCAGUCACGCCCAUCGACACCACAAUACCGGUCCCGAAAAUCGUUCGCACAACAUCAGACUAAGGACAGAGACUGGUGGUGAUGGAGUACCGUGGAUGUGCAGCCGGUCCCCUAUUCCCUCCCGAUCCAGAUUUAUUUUGCUUUCAUCGUUAUACCCAUUCGCUUCCACGAUGCACAAACGCAUCUCAGCUUGUACAGUACAAUAAAGCGCAUUUGUUGAUCCUAUGCCUUCCACGUCUUUGUCGCUGUAGCCGUUGUUCCCCUGGAGCAUGCCCCCGUUCCGAAUCGGC